CCAGGUGCCCGUAUUCUAUCUGUAAAGUCAUCUAUUUCUAGCAUUGGUUGUAGAGAAAAGCAUAUUUAAAUAUGAGAAGGCUUUGUAAAGAUUGUACAUACUGUAACUAUGCAUACCUAUUCUUUUCAGCAAAUAUAUGUUUGUUCGUGUGUUUGCAGAAUGAUGAAAAUUUUUAUAUCACAAGAUGUCUUAACAAAGAUUUUUUUUUUGCGGAAGUUUGGCUUUCGUUAACUGCUUACCAAAGAAGAGGAUCUAGUAUUCUGACUGCAGAAAGACGUGAGUUCAUCAAUCAAUACCUUCAAGAUUGCUGUGACUUGUCAAACUAU